ACGGAGGACGUGACCAAGAGAGCUGCUCUGGCCGCCAUUCAUCGCAGAAUCAAGGAACGGGAGCGGCUCGCAGUGAAUGCGAUGAUCCCGUUUUGGUGAACGGGAAACGGAGGCCGAAAGAGUGUACAAAGGCCAUUGAUGAAAGUGGAGCUACAGGGAGAGAGGCAUUUCGUUGAUCAAGACUCGCAGGUCGAUCGCACUCUCUUUGUUCUUCUCGAAUAGUAGAAGACGACGAUCCGAGAAGGAAAGAUUCUGGAUACAGAGAAUUCUGUUGCUAUUCUUCCAAAUUUGCGGGGGACAAUUGAGGAGCUUUCAGGACUUGAUCUGUCGGACUGUUUGAUAUUGGAGUUCAGCAACGAAGUUGUUCUAGCCCUUCUUGAAGAUGCAUUUUCCUCCUAGUAUCGAUCCGUGAAUUCCUUUGUUGAAUCGUACACGAAGAAGCGGCGAUCUCUGGAUUACUUACGCGAAAUCUGGUGAAAUCCCCACGAAAACAGGCGAAAUCAGGACAUUACUCAAGGACCUAAAACUCGAAGAAUCCUCAACGAAGGCAACCAAGAUCUUGGGUGUCGGAGCUACUCAAAUCAGGGACCUCCAGUUCACUACCGCUGUGAUCUCCUUUCUAUUCCUCUUUGGAAAUUGAUUUCCUGCCCUUGGAAGACAAAGAAACUACACCUUCUCCGCAGGCAAGGUACAAGAUCACAAAAAGGGAGCGAGGAGCGAUUUUCGCCUAUUCAUUGCAUGUCGAACGAAAGCUCUCGAAUUCUUCUCACUUGAGACCUGGGGAAGCAUUACGCCAACUCCGGGGCUUCGUGCCCAAAUUCUUCUUCUCCGCUUUCUUUUCGUCACGGAUCCAUCGGAGAUGGAAAGGGAGGCGUCGAGGUAUCGCUGUCGCGUGCGACGUAAGGGAGGAGGAGGUGGUGGUGGAGCAGUCGAACCGUCGCCUACGAACGAUACCGACAGGAAGGGGGCAUUGUCGCCGGAGUUGCUGUUGCAGUGGGGGAACCGGAAGCGACUACGGUGCGUCAAGUUCCAGCGCAGGGACGAUGACGCCGCAACCGGCCUCCACUCCACCACCGCUGACAUUGCCACUGCCCCCGCCGCCGCUGCGGCCGCUCGCGUCGACCGCGCCCUCCGGGGAGCCACCUCCGCCGCAUACAAGCGGGUCCUCAGGAACAAUUCAGAAGCGACGGGAGUUGCUACAAGAGCUAAACGUGAGGUGAGGGACAGGGUCGGCGGGGGGUCGGCUUACACUGAGGGGACGCAUGAGAAUAAAAGCGGUGGCGGCGGCGGAGGUGGAAGAAGAGGAGGAUCGCCGUCGUCUGGGAGCGACGGGGCUGCAACAAUAUGGUCCAAGUUUUCUCUGGCAUUGACGAACAAGGAGAAAGAAGAGGACUUCUUGGCAUUUAAGGGGUCCAAACUUCCCCCGCGCCCCAAGAAGCGAGCUAAGCUCCUCCAGCGGACAAUCAACUUGGUGAGCCCAGGUGCAUGGCUUUGUGAUCUGACAUUAGAUCGGUAUGAAGUCCAGGAGAAGAAGAUAUCAAAGAAGAGACCAAGGGGGUUAAAGGCAAUGGGAAACAUGGAAAGUGACUCAGAAUAGCAUAAAAGGAGAAUAAAAAAAAAAUUGAAAGAGCAAUCAAAAGAUUGAAGUCGUGUGCUAAAGUGGUUAUAUGCAUGGGAUGUUCAGAACUUAGGGUACCUUUGUUUUGUUCAGUUUAAAGAUAAGAUGAGGAUGGGAAAGAAAGUAGGAGCAACUAGUGAAAUUGUCAGAAUUUUACCAUUAUGCAAAUAGAAGUACCAGAAGCAAUCUCAUGUAGUAACACUAGAAGAUGCAGAUAUCGAGCUUGUAAUUAUUUCUAUUUGUCUUCCCUUGUGGUCUCUUUAUGGUUAAUGAAACUAUUCAGGAUGAAGGAAUGCCAUCUGUCUUGUUGUU